AUGGAUUUCAAUCACAGAAGCUUCCACCGAAGCCUGAGUUCCUCCUCCCAGGGCCCUGCACUCAGCAUGAGCCUCCAUAUAUAGGAAGGGGGCACAGAGUACCUCAGGGUCGCACCCAGUGUGUAAUGGGGGGCUGGAGGCCACGGCACCCGCACCUCGACCUCUAGACACGUGGUGAGCUAUGGGAGUGACCUCGCUGAAGGGAACCUGUGUGUUGGCAAUGAGAAGAUGACCAUGCAGAACCUAAAUGACCGCCUAGCAAGCUACCUAGAAAAAGUGCGGUCCCUGGAGCAGUCCAACUCCAAACUUGAACUGCAGAUCAAACGCUGGUAUGAAACCAACACGCCUGGCACCUGUCGGGACCACAGUGCAUAUUUGGAACAAAUCAAAAAGCUGCGAAAUCAGAUUAAAGAUGCUCAACUGCAAAAUGCUCGACGUGUCCUGCAAAUCGAUAAUGCUAAACUGGCUGCCAAGGACUUCAGGCUGAAGUAUGAGAGUGAGCGGGGGAUCUGCCUAGCAGUGGUGGCUGAUCUCCAAGGCCUGAAAAUGGUCUAUGAUGACCUAAUCCUAAUGAAGACAGACUUGGAGAUUCAAACUGAAGGGCUGAAUAAAGAUCUGAUGCUCCUCCAGAAAGAACACGAGGAGGAAGUGAGGAGCCUACAUGCUCAUUUGGGCAAUAAGGUAAACGUAGAGGUGGAUACUGCUCCAGGCCUGAACCUCAGCGCCAUCAUGAGUGAAAUGAGGCAGAAAUAUGAAGCCAUGGCCCAGGAGAACCUUCAGAAGGCCAAAGAACAGUAUGAGACCCAGAUUGAAACUCUGCAACAGCAAGUCACAGUGAGCACUGAAGAGUUAAAAGAAAGCAGGGAUCAAAUAAAGGAGCUGAGACGCACCUACCAGAGCCUGGAGAUACAGCUCCAGUCCCAUCUCAGCCUGAAAGAAGCUUUGGAGCAUACACUAGAGGAGACCAAUGCUCGUUAUUGUAGCCACUUGGCCAUAAUCCAGACACAGCUUAACUUCCUCGAGGGCCAACAGAUUCGGACCGAUACAGAACACCAGAGCCACGAAUAUAAUAUCCUCCUUGACAUAAAGAGCCAGCUUGAGCAGGAAAUUGCUACCUACCGCUGCCUUCUGGAAGGAGAAGAUGUAAAAACUACAGAAUAUCAGUUAAGCACCCUGGAGGAGAGAGAUAAGUAUAUAAAGAAAAGCAGAAAGAUUAAGACAGUUGUACAAGAAGUAGUGGACAGCAAGAUUGUGUCAUCUGAAGUUAAAGAAGUGGAAGAAAGUAUGUAA